AGAGUGUGCGUCUUUGACUAUAACAGACAGUUCAACACAGCGUAGCUCAGAAAAAUCAUUUGCAGAGUUUCACAGUGCUUUGUAAUGUCUUACUAUUAUAAUAAUCCUUCAGUCAACCAGCAAGGCUAUGGGGAGUUUGACCCUCAGAAUAUACCAUAUCCUCAUCCAGUGAACAUCCCUCCCCCUCCAGUCCUGAACCCUGCUUUGUUCCCUCCUCCCCCAGGACAGUUUUAUGUUCCAAAUUUAAGCACGAACAACUUUCAAACACAGUAUUAUGGGGAUCAAGCUGUACAAAGACAAAUCUCUCAAUCUGAUAGCAACCCUCAGACUUUAGGACAAACUUCAGGAUAUAACAAUAUUUAUCACAACAGCCAAUCAAAGCAAGACAGAAGACAUCAGAAUCCAAACAGUGCUAGAGCGUAUCGACCUCAGUCUGGUAGGGGUCAAGGUUACAGAGGGGGUCACAAUCAAGGUCAUAGGGGAAAUUAUAGUCAAGGCUACAGGGAAGGCCAAAUUUCUGGAUAUGAAUGGGAGAAUGGUCAGGGAUAUGAAAGAGGUCAAGGAUCAAGAAGAGAUCAGAGGUAUGAGAAAUUUCAAGGUAAUAGGUAUGAGAGAGGUCAAAAGUCUGAAAAAUAUGGAUCAGUUCAAGGGAGAGACCAACCUAAUAAACAAAGCAAGGAGGAAAGUGUUAAAGUAAAAGACAAUGCAGAUAAAGAAAAUGAAAAACAAAAUGAGAAUGAAAUGGCAUGUAUAGGAGGAUUAAGUAAUAGUGAGAGGACAGAAAUGGGUGAAAAAUUAUACCAGGAAAACUCUAGUAAUGAUCAGAAUUCUGAAGAAGAAAAACCAGAUGUAAGGGAAAAGAAGACGAAAACUUACAAGUCUGAUCAGGAAUUUUUUGAAAAGAAUUUUGCAGCAUUUAGUAACAAAGGAGCCAUGAAUUCAAAGUCUGGUAUGAAGAAUGAAAGGAAAGGGCAGCAAGGCAGUAAGGGUGCAGAGAGACCUAAAAGUGGACAUCAGAGGCAGGAGAAAUAUCAAAACCAGUAUGGGGAAUAUAGGCAAAAUCCGAGAGAAAAUAAGCAUAAUUCUGAAUAUAGGGGGAAUAAGUAUGAUUCAAAAGAAGAUUGGCAUAGGGAAGACGUCAGGGAAAAUAGACAAAGUCAAAAGAAGAGGGAAAAUCGUCAGGACCAAAGACAUAGUCCCAGAGAUUAUCCUAGUCAGUAUGAAAGUAGUAAGAGGCAUGAUCGCUAUGACAGUGAUAAAAAUAGAACAUCUGCUAGGUCAAGGAAAGAAACUAAGGAUUGGGAGACUGGAUAUCCAGAUAAGGAAAAUAAUACUAGUGAAAGAAAAACUGCUGCCAAGACUACCGGUAACAAGACUGAAAGUUUAAUAUCUCGGCGUGAUGCUGAAGCUAAAUUUGGUGAUGUAGAAGAGGCUAGGAAUCAUAAAGAUUCAGAAUCUGUGAGUGAGUAUGGUGAUCAGGACUCAGGGAAACAGACAUCUCAGGAUAAUAUAAGUGCUAAUGAAAAGGAGAGGAAAAACACAUCUAGUUAUUACAGAUCAACAGGAAAUCAAAGCCAGCAGCCAUAUUAUAAAGGUCAGAAAAAGCCAAGAGUUUUCCGAACUUCAUCAGGAAAAGUGGAUGAAAGUCAAAGAGCCCUGUUGAUUGAACAGCUGACAAUGGGGACUUAUGAGUGUAUGGUGUGCUGUGAGACAAUUCGAGGACAGAAUGCCGUAUGGAGCUGUAUUGGGUGUUUCCAUGUCUUUCAUCUUCGUUGUAUAAAGACCUGGGCAAGGUCUCCUACAGCCAGAGUGGAGGGGUCAGACAAUGGAUGGAGAUGCCCUGCUUGUCAGAACACAACUGAGAAAUUCCCCAACCAGUACAGGUGUUUUUGUGGAAAAGUCCGAGAUCCUGAGUGGAACAGAAUGGAGACUCCACACAGCUGUGGUGAAGUGUGCCGGAAAAUCCGCUCAGCCAACUGUAAACACAACUGUAACAUACUGUGCCAUCCUGGACCCUGUCCACCAUGUAAUGCUGUUGUCCCUCGUCACUGUCUGUGUGGAAAAACCAGUCAGUCCAUGAAGUGCAGUAGUGUUGAGGUUUUCCGGUGCUCUAGUGUCUGUGAGAGACAACUUAACUGUGGCAAACAUUUCUGUAAGGCUGUGUGUCAUGACGGUCAGUGUGAACCCUGCCAGGAGGUCAUUAAACAAGAGUGCUAUGGUAACCAUGAGACAAGGGAGAUAACUUGUGGGAGCAGCGAGUCCUUUACAGAGUCGUUCUGCUGUGGCAAGAUGUGUGCCAAGAAACUGAAUUGUGGGAACCAUGAAUGCGAGGAGGUUUGUCAUGAAGGCCCCUGUCAAACAUGUCAGCUCCUCCCAGAGGCCAUUACAACCUGUCCCUGUGAAGCAAGAGAGCUGAGUGACCUAACCUCAACUCCCAGACAGUCCUGUCUGGACCCCAUACCUACCUGUAGAAAUAAGUGUGGUAAACCUCUGAAGUGUGGGCCAUCUAAGAAGCCCCAUGUUUGUGAGCGGAAGUGUCACGAGGGUCCGUGUGGACCAUGUGACCUCACGACAGAAAUGACGUGUCGCUGUACCAAGUUUAAAAAAGAGUUCCCAUGUACUGAAGUCAUGAAGCUACCAGACCGAGUAUUUCUGUGUGAGAGGAAGUGUAAUAAGCUAAGGUCCUGUCAGAGACACAAAUGUGGACAGCAUUGUUGUGUGUCUGAGGAUCACCCCUGCUCAUUAAUCUGUGGAAGGAAGCUGCCUUGCGGUCUACACAAGUGUGAAGAACUUUGUCACCGAGGCAAAUGUCCACCAUGUCUAAUGGCCAGUUUUGAUGAGUUGACUUGUCACUGUGGGGCGGAGAUUAUGUAUCCACCCAUUCCCUGUGGGACAAAGCCACCAGAAUGUAAACAGAUUUGUAGCCGUGUACAUUCCUGUGAUCAUGAAAUCCAUCAUCGCUGUCAUAGCGAUGAGAAUUGUCCCCCUUGUACAUUCCUGACAGAGAAAUGGUGCAUGGGAAAACAUGAGCUCAGAAAGAAUAUUGCUUGUCACCGUGACAACAUUUCAUGUGGGUUACCCUGCAACAGAGUAUUACCAUGCCAACAACACAAGUGUACAAAAGUCUGCCAUAGUGGCCCUUGUCAGGCAGAAGGCGAGAAAUGUAAACAACCAUGUCAAAUAAAACGGGAAACCUGUGAUCAUCCAUGUGCUAGUCCUUGUCACUAUGGCAACCCAUGCCCAGCCAAUCCAUGCAAAGCAAAGGUUAAGAUCAAGUGUAGCUGUGGAAACAGAGAGGCUACAGUCUCCUGUCAAUCAUUGGAUAACACAGAGUUCAAAAGUAUGCAGGCACUAGCCACACCCCUUGGAUCAGGACAGAGUGUUGAUAUAUCUCAUCUGACCUCACAGAAGAAAACCAGAAAACAAAAAGUGCUGGAGUGUGAUGCUGACUGUGCUCUGAUUGAGAGGAAUCGACGACUUGCUCUGGCCCUGGAGAUCAAAAACCCAGACCUACAGGCCAAGCUGGGAAGCCCCUCAUACUCAGAAUUCCUAAGGGAUUUCACGAAAAAAAAUCUUCAUAUUGUGUCAAGUGUGGAGAAAAGUUUCAAUGAUUUGGUACAAAAUGCCAAAAAGGCAAAACAGGCAUAUCGUUCUCAUUCGUUCCCAUCAAUGAACCGUGACCAGAGACGACUGAUCCAUGAACUAGCCGAGUGUUAUGGAUGUGAGACCCAGAGUUAUGACUAUGAACCUAAUAAAAAUGUGGUGGCAACUGCGUACAAAGACAAGUGUUGGUUACCUACUGUGACCUUGACUGCAUAUGUACAGAGAGAAAUGCAUCCCAAGGCUCCCACACCAAUACCCCACAGACACAACGAAACAGAAAUCAGAGAAUCUGCCCUGGCUGCCAAACAGAGUUUUGAGGUGCUGAAAGAUAAACCUAUUGAGACAAUACAGAGGUCAAACAACUCCAAGGAGAAAACCAGUGGUUCUAAAGUGAUCGAUUAUUUUGACUUUUCAACAAAAUAAGUCACAUGUCUUCUAUAUCUGAUGAUGCUGAAGUUUAUUUUAGGGAUUUUGUUUGAUAUCUGUUUGAUAAGAUUUUUUUGUUCACUUAAAUGCGUACUUUGGAUUUUUGUUUACAUACUUGUAUGUUUAUAGAAAGAAUUUUUCUCCUUUAUACUGUAAUUUAUGCAAACACACAAGUACAUGCCUGUUGCAAAAGAUCACACCUUAAAAAUUCAGAUUUUCUGUAGAUAAGCAUUUCAAACUCUGAUACAAUUAACGUUGUAAAAUAUUGACAAAGAGCAAAAUCCACGAAGUGCCAGAAUCGGCCCAGUCAUCAAAAUAAAUGAAACUUUCUCACAUAAUACUCUUAAGAUUUGUAUGUUGUAAAACAUUUUAUUUUUACGUACUUUUUUGCCCCACAAUACAAAAUAACCUAUAAUAAAUAGAACAUUUUGCAUUUCGAAACUUUUUACAAAGGCAAUAUAGAAUCUUUUUCUUUUCUAUUAAUGUAGGGUAAUCCCCGUUAUUUCCACUGUGUUGAUAGGUGCUAUAUGAGAUUCUAAUCGAACGAAAAGUAUAAAUUUCGAUUUGGCCACACCCCUCGAUUAAAAUAAAAAUAUGCUUUAUUUAUUUACCUUUUAAUUCUUUUUUCAAUGGUAUAAAUUUUAUUUUGUUUGAAGGCUGUGGCCACAGCAAAAAUUUGAACCAAAGACGAAAAAAUGCUUUAUUUUGAUAUAAAGUAGCAAAGUGCACGUGUUUAGACGUUUUCUGUAUAAAUAUGACGUCAUCAAAUAAAAAAAAUUGGCAUAAACUAUUUAAGUUUGAUACCCAAGGAUAAUAUUUCUAUUGUUAAUUUUCUUCUUCCCCUCAGUUUAAUUUUCCUGAAAAAAAAAUAGGCUGAUUUAGCCCCUUCGUGGAUUUAGCUCUUUAAUAUGUUAUAAUUACAGUUUUUGUUGUAAAAUGCUGCGGCAAUACAAAGAAUAUGUGCAUUCUGUCUCAGGUACCCAGCUUGUGUUUAAACAUCUUUAUUUGUCAAACAUCAAGUAGUAAUGCAGCAUUUCAUGACUGAAAAUUGAUUAAGUUAUACUAUGAUUGGGAUAUUCAGGUAAAAUUCUAUAUAUAUUUCAGUUAACACAAAUUUAAGUUCAUUUGAAUUUUCAUUUCAUUAUCAAAUAAAUUGUGUAAGAAAUUUGAAACUGCAUGUAUUCAAGAGAUGGAUCAUUCAUGUUAGCUAUACUUUGGUUUAUACAUGUUUGUUCAUAUAACGGCCCACACUUGUUAGAAUUUGGUGCAUAUUCUUGAUUCCAUGUUGGGUUGAGCAAAAUUAAUUCUAUAAUUUGUUGAUCAUUACAUCUUAGUGAGGUGGAGAUUAAUUAAAAUGCUUAUGUGGAAAAAUAGAACAAUUAUGUAGUGAUUUGUUUUUCUAAAAAGGAUUUUAUUACAGCAUUA